AUGCCUACCUCACCCAUGAAUGGUGAAAUGGGACCUGCCCCUGCUAUGCAAAAGCCUUGCAGGUCAUCCAUCCUUGAGCGAUGUAUCCUAAGCAUGUCUACUGCCAGUGUUGCUGUUGGAACAGAGGACAUGGAUGGUAUCAGGAGGUCCCAGGCAGGGAUGCGGUGGGCCCUACGAAACCUGGAUCCAGCUCACACAGAAGGCAAUGAAUCGGUCCUGAAACGACAGCAGAAACAGAUUCAGUACAGCAAGAACACGUCUGGCUACCAGAAGUACCUGGAGCAAGUUCCCAAGCGUCUGAGAAUCCCUGGGCUGCACCCAUCCACUCCAAACAAAUAUAGAAAAUACAACCUGCAUGUUCGUCUUUGGCGGAGAGCUCUGCAUGGGUGGGACCCUCCAUCUGAAUCGCAGAGAGAAGCCGAAGGACAGGACCCUGUUGACCAACUGCAGGGGUUGCUUGAGUGGAUGAAUUGCAAGCUAUAUGAAGACAGUGGAGUUAAAAAGGGGACCAACGGGAGAGGGCUACCUUCAGAUUCAAAAGCCCCCUUCUCCCCUAACCUACUGGAAUGUCAUUCAACAGUCCCUGGAUGCUUCCCCAUGGAUUUUACUGUGGAUGUGUCUGGUCCUCAGGUCUCAUCCUCCAAGCCAGGCUUGGGGUACUCCUUUAGCAGUUGCCUAACAGCUGAAGAGAAUGUGUUGGGGUGGCUGAGAUUUCUCCUGGAAACUGAUCAUGAUCAACAAGUGCCCAUGCAGGGAGACUGGCUACCGUGGAAACCAUACUGA